AUGGGAUUGGAUGUGUCGAUGGGAUUGGAAGGUUUGUGUAUAACAGAAGGGUCCAGAGCAUUGGAUUGGAAGCUUAGAGGUAGGGAGAUUAUUGUAGGCUUGUCGAGCAGUACUUCUUGUUUCACUCUCAAGGAUGAUGUGCCCCAUCAAACCACAGAAGGUGUAGUAUCUAGGCAAAUGUUCAUAUUUUACUUCAAUAUCACGCUCUUCUCCAUUGAUAAGUAUGAGAGGGAUAAUUGGCUAGCUCAAAAUAUUGGAACAAUGGAAGAUAUUGAUGACGAAGCGUUAAUGAGGAUAUCGAGUAAUGCUACUAUGUCUGCCAUCGUCACUGUGUUGAUAUGUGUAAUGAGAAUGCGUUGUAGAAGAAAAUAUGUCACCUGUCACCAUGGGGAGGGGGAAAAACAGAAAAUAGAGUCUAGGAAUGCCCACAUAUGCCACGUAUUUUCUGACUAUAGUCACAGCUUUAGAGACUAUGUUAGAAUGAGGCCACAUGCAUUUGAAAAUCUUGUCAGAAUAAUGAGAGGGACGGGCCUACUACAGGAUUCACGUGAUGUAAAAGUUGAAGAACAAUUGCUCAUGUUUCUUAAUAAGCAGUUGGUUGUAUACAGGGGGCAGUUCUUGAAGCAAGCACCAAAGGAAUUGGCGCCAGAGAUUGCAAGCAAUCCUUUGUACUAUCCUUAUUUUAAGGAUUGCAUUGGCAUGAUAAACGGGACCCACAUUGACGCUAUGCUUCCUGCUAGCCUUGUGGCCCGCUUUAGAGGUCGUAAAGGUGUGACUCAAAAUAUUCUAGCCGCCUGCACCCCAAAUAAGUUAUUUUCAUAUGUUCUCGCCAGUUGGGAGGGGUCCGCAAAUGAUUAUAGAGUACUACAAGAUACACUUUCAAGACCUCAACCUCAUGGUCUGAGAGUCUACGAUGGCAAAUAUUAUUUGUACGAUGCGGGAUACACCACCAUGCCUGGCUUCAUCUCCCUUUAUCAUGGUGUACGUUACCAUUUAAAUGAGCACAGGGGUAGGCCAAUAAAUAACAGAAGAGGGUUAUUCAAUCUAAGACAUUCCUCGCUACAGUCUAAAAUUGAAUCAACCUUUGGAUUGUUGAAUAAUCGUUUCAAAAUCCUCACUGCAAAACCACAUUAUCCUUUUCCAACCCAAGUUGACAUAGUAUUGGCUUGUGCUAUACUUCAUAACUACAUUGCUAUAGUCGACCCGGGCGAUGACUUAUUAAAUGAGGACAUUAUCAUUGAUGAUGACGAUGUAGAAAUAGCUACUGAGGGGGAAGAUGCCAAUCUUGUUGACUUUUCUCAAAAUGUAACACAAAGAGAAGAAAGAGAUUCAAGAAAUGAAUGGAAAGAGAAGAGGGAUGACAUUGCAAGUGCUAUGUGGCUAGACUAUUGUAAUAAAUAUCGUGACGGGGACAUAACCGAAUUUGGCUUGUAA